AUGGCAAGGGAGGAAUAUUCAGUGGAAAUCCGCGCCCAAAUCGUGUCCUUGGUGAUGAUUGCAAAAAUGAAGCCUCAAGACGUUGCUACAUUACUUAAUAUCCCUCGCGUGAGCGUUUAUCAGAUUAUACAACGCGCUAAAGAGCAUGGAUAUGACCCUACGGUUAAUCCUCGUAUUGAGCAUGAGCACGUCGCUAAUAAAGAGUGUAGUGGCCGCCCCAAAGUGGUUACUGAAGCUAUUGAGGCCUCAAUUAUCGCAAGUGUUACUAAGGAUCGAGCUGGUCGUGAGAAGUCUGCUGAAUAUCUCGCUUAUGAAGCCGAUUUUAAGAAUAUUAUAUGGACGGAUGAGAUCUCUGUCGUCCUAGGCCACCGGCGAGGCUCCAAUUGCGUAUGGCGCAGGUCUUUUGAAUGCUACGAUCCUACUGUUAUUCGCCGUCGUUACAAGGGUGCUUGCGAAUUUAUGUUUUGGGUUGCUUUUCCUAUGAUGCCAAGGGUCCCUGUCACAUUUAUCAAACGCAGAAUGCAGCAGCAGCAAAAAAAAGCAGAGAAAGAGUUAGAAGUUAUCAAUCGAGAGCGUGAGAAAGUAGCUCGAGAAGAAUGGGAAUUGAAUGGUGCCUUUUCAAGGCUUCAAUUACGCCCCCGUCCUGGCCGGAAGCCAACAUUUAGAUUCACUGCGAAAAAUGGAAAGCUAGUCCGGAAUAGCAAGGGUGGCAUUGAUUGGUAUCGUUAUCAAAAGGAAGUGCUUGUGCCAAAGCUGCUUCCUUUUGCACAGGAAUGUAAGCGCUCUAGGCUAGACACGAUUCGCCUGCUUUGGCUUGGUAAUUCCCCCGAUUUGAAUGCUAUUGAGCCAACGUGGUUUUGGCUCAAGAAACGUACAACUCUCCGAGGAGCACCUGGUGACCGAAAGACAGCAGUUGGAGUAUGGGAAAAAGCAUGGGAAAGGCUUCCCCAGCAUCGUAUCCAAGCGUGGAUUGAGAGGAUCCCUUUCCAUAUACAAGAAAUUAUCCGUCUGGAAGGUAAGAAUGAGUAUCCGGAGGGGCGUCCCCAGGGUGACGUACGCUCACGUUGCCGGCGCAAAGGCAUGCUCUCAUUCCGGGCAUAUCUAGAGGAUGAAUGGGAGGGCUUGGAACAGUCUUAA